UUGCAUUGGCCUGACCAUUCCGUACGUACGGACCACUCAGUUGUGGUGCUCGUUUUUUUUCAAGAGCUUUCCAGAACGUCGGACUUUGUCCUGCCCUGCCCUCUGUAAUUUGCAUUACUCAGGUGAUUUCUCACAGUGACGAAUUCCUCCGGUGACCCGGAUAGCUUGCUAGCCGCUCGGAUGUUGCACGCGGAAAGCUGUUGCAUAACACGCGUGUACUGUGCACACUCGGAGACAGCGGCUUCCCGGGGGGCUGCGCUGUUACUGCACUGCACUCUCCGUGAAUCUGCGUCAGAACCUCAGCUGCCAGGGUUCGCUACGAGGAGCGCGUCGUCCAGUGACGGAGAAGGCCAUCCAGCAUCGGAGCGAGGCGACAGCUCAUUGAAGAACACGGCGGGCGGAGGGAUGGAAUUCCCUGUGGAUUUCUUGGGAUCGUUGCGUCAUGAAGACCUUGAGCUUUCAGCCAAAAGAUACACAUCUGGCCUCCUGCACAGUGAUCCAGACAAUCUGGAUUAUUUCAUUUUGCCCACUGGAAGAACGGUUCCUCUCAGCCUUGCUACAGUUGGCAGUGUUCCACUGUAUGGAGUAGAUGCCACACACAAAGUUCUAGGACUGUUUAUACCCGAGGACCAGUCUACAGCUGUUGCCCUCUUCCUGGGUGAUCAGUGGUGGGCUGUGCAGGAUAUCCUUAAAACCUCUGAUUCUACUCGAGACGGGCUAUUAAAGGUAGAAUCCCUUGGAGAGAAGAUUGUUCUGUAUGUUUUGAAUCGCAUUGUUUAUCGAGCCCAAGAGAGGAGUCCCACAGAGGUGCCCUUUCUUUGCCACAGUGAAACUGAUUUUGCCAAAAUUCUAUGGCAACAUGGAGAAGCCAUUGGAUUUUAUUCUGUCAAACCCACAGGGACCCUAUGCUAUAAAUAUUUGACACAGUGCUACCAACUCCCUGUGAUGAAUUCCAUAUUUCUAAAGAAACAACACCGUGGCAAAGGAUAUGGCCUUCAAAUUCUGGAAGAUUUUGUUGACUCUUUCUCUGGGAAUGCCUUGGGUCUGCGAUUUCCACUUUCGCCAGCUAUGUACAAAGUAUGCAAGCAUUACUUAGACAAAUAUCCAGGAGACCAGGAUCUUUUGUGGGAAGUUGAAGGAGUUGGAAGCCUUUUUCAGAGGGCCAGCAUAGCCAAAAAAAUAGAAUCUGGUGUUUUGAAAGGCAAUUAUACAGAAACCUUAGAUAAUCCAUUGCCCCAGGCAUCAACUAAAACAGAAACAGUAAUAGUUUUGGAAGAUGACAUGGAAGUAGACGCUGAGCAGCAGUUCAGUAAAACAACAGAAAAGGCAAUAAUGGAGCAAGAACAAAAAGACUUAGAAAAAACAGAUGAGGAGGCCAAACCUGAGGACAUACCAGUUUCUAGACGUACAAGGAGCAAUCAGUAUAAGCGUAAAAAACUGAGAGAACCGGUGCCAGAAGUGGAUGAAGAGAUUCCUGAAAUAACUGUACACCAUUCACCAGUUUUAAAUGCUAUAAACAGGUCAGAGGUUGAUAUUAGGGAAGAUGCAACUGAAAUCCCCAUAUUGGAAGAUGUACCUCAAAUAAACGAAAGUGAACUUGAACACGAGGAAUCACAGGUUGAUGAUCAUGAACAGAAUCAAAGCAUGGAACCAGAGGUAUUUAAAAAUUCUGAUAUGGAACCAGUUAAUGGUGAACUGACAGAUGACUUGACCCAGACGUCUCUGGUGGCUGAGAGAUCAGCUAUUGAAGUAUCACAUACAGAGACAAAUAUUCAAUCUGAUAAUAGUCUCACAGAUAUUGCUGUUGUCCUUGACAAAGAGACUGCUAAUGAUCUGCUAGAAGAUGAUGCAGAAGAAAAGGGUACUGCAAGUACUGCUGAAACUGAAGAGAUACAGGAGUCUGACAAUCUGGUUGCACUUGGAGAAGAAUCAUUAACUGUUGUUGAAAAUGAAAUACAGGGAACUGUUGAACAUGCCCCUCCACAAAGCUCUGCUGAUGUUGCAUCAGAACCCUGUGGCAAAUCCACUGAGGAACAGCUUAUGAACUUGAUGGAUAAAUCUGAACCUGAAGAUGCUGCAGAAAAUAUACCUUCUACAGAGACAAAACCUAACAGUAAACCAAGCUUAAUUGGAGUUGACUUGCAAUCCAGUGAUACAGAACAAGAAUUAAUUCAGGACCUCAGUCAAAAUACCUUGUUGUUGGUAGAGAUAAAAGAUGUGUCUUUUCAGCCAUUGCUGGAAGAAGAGAAGAGCCAACCAGAAGAAUCUGCUGAGGAGCAAGAGGAGUUACCCCUUCAGGAAAUGGAGUUGCCCAUAAAGAAAAAAACUAUUGAGAGUAGCUCAGAAGAAGCUGAAAUUGAGCCUCCUGUUGUAGACCGUAGAAAUUUAAGGAGAAAAUCUAAAGUGGCCCGAGGUCCAGCUAAAAAAAGAGGCAAGAUUGCCUCCUAAAUAAAAUCCAUAAGAAGCUGAAACAAGAAAGAGUAACAUACGGCAAAAUUUGCCAGAGAUAUUUUUUGUUAUUUCAUUUAUAUAACUCCAAAAUAACUUUUUUUAAAUAAAUUGAUUUUUAACUAGAUGUUUAAAAAGGGACUUUAAUGUGAAAAAGUAUUCCCUUUCAAAAAGUCAUUUUAUAUUUUGAGUAAAUCUGACAAUUGAAGUAUUUAAUAAAUCAAGGUAUUUUAAUGA